CAUCCGGGUGUAAAAUGUGCUCAAAUUGAUUUGAUUUUGAUGCAAUAUUAAUUAACACAGAAGCUCGCAGGCGGAUAUGGUAAGUAGCAUGACAUUUCCCGAUCAGGUGCAGAGUGGAGCCAAUCACAGCACACACUGUCCCAGCUAACCAAUCACAGCUCAUUUCGUAUUUCAGAAGGCAGGCCUUCAUUUGAUACAGGAUUAUUUGAGCCGUUCAUGCCAGACUGGGGAGAGAGGUGUUGUAAUAAUGUAAAACAUGUGGAAAAUAAUGUGUUUAUCAAACAACCUAGUAUGUGAGCCUGUUCUAGCACACCCCCAAAACAAAAUCAAGACUUUGUAAAAGAGCAUAAUAGGACCCCUUUAAAUGAAUUAAGUGUGCUAACCUCUUAGUCCUUUCUUUAUUAGGGCACAGCUUUUAUUCUAUAACUGGGAUGGACUUGUGCUAUUCUCUUACUGUUGCGUUUAAAGUCAUAGGGAAAAGACUAUAGAUCUGUUCCCCACUCAACUAGACAUGUCCUGGAUAAGUACUUCAAAGUAUCAAAGAACCUGUCUGUCUGUGUACUAACUCCAUGGAGACAAAUCAGACUGGUCUGCUUCAUAAAAAAAGAGUCCCUUCUCUCUUCUCUUUUCAGUGGGGUUACAGAGAGAGAGGGCCAAAAAAACAACAGUGAGUAGUGAGUGAAAAAUGUAGCAGGGUAAUACUGUGCUGUUUAUAUAAUGCAGAUUCCAGGCGAUGAGGGGAGUUCCUCUAUAGUUCAGUGGUGGCCCAGCAGGAUAAUAUUCUGAUUACAAUGAUCUAGAUCUAGUCUGCCAAUUACAUUCAGUGCUGCAGAACUCCACAGCAUUCCUCAUAAACCAGGGCUUUGUCUCUAGGUAUGGCUGUCGUCAACAACAUUUAACUGGCUUUUAUUUUCCUACUGUGUGAACAGACACAUUCAUUUCUGCAGGCUGCUGGAACAGUAAGCAGUUUAGCAGUUGAAAACAUCACAUCUUAAAACUGAGAUGUUCAUCACUGUGAUAUUUGGUGAGGGAAGAGAGGAGAUACUGAACCUAAACUGCAAGGUUAUAAACUUCAUCCACUGUAUAAAAGAAAAAUGCAAUCUGGAUCCCCAAGAGACUGUGGACUUGAUGGACAGGACGGGAGAGCUGGUGAACUUGUCCGAGAGAGCGCAGAGCACAGACCUCAUCAGCAGUUUGCUGAAGGAGAGAGAGAGCUAUAUUCCAUUACGUGUAUCACGAGGUGAAGGCAGUGAAGUUCCAAUGUAUACGGCAGUGAAUGACUUUGGGACAAGUUACCCUGAGCUAGCAGAGAUUCUAAGAAAGCUGUCAAAUCCUUCAAAGGAGAGGGACAAAAGGGGUGGGGCAUCUAAAAGGGGAGGAGUCAGCCAACACCGCAUCAAAGCUGCUAUCAACUUUAAGAAAGCCAUCACAACACCUCGAAGCUGAAAAGACUCUCUUACUAUUCCCUUGUGUUCUUUAACAAUGUUAUAAAUAUUUUAUUUAUAGGUUUUAUCAUAUACAUAAAUGUGGAGAAUAUUUUUUGUCUGUGUAUCUACACAACCAUUUGUUUGGAGGUCAGUAUGAUUAAAAAAAAAUAAAAUGAAUAAUU